AUGUCUUUGGUUUCAAAUGCUCAAUCUUAUGGUCAAAAUGAAACACUUAUUUCGUCCAUUCGUAAUAUUAUCAAGGCAUCCGACGAUGCCGGAGCCACACGUUUUCGUAUAAUCAUUGAUAGUCGAUCACAUCCCACCAACUCUUUACUUAGUAGUGGAAUGAAGGCUUGGCAAGGGCCUGCUAUUUUGAUUUUCAAUAAUUCAAAAUUCGAAAAAUCCGAUUUCGAAAAUCUCAUGAAAAUACGUGUUGGUGGAAAACAAGAAGAUAAUACCAAAAUUGGAAAGCACGGAUUGGGAUUCAAUUCAUGCUAUCACUUUACCGAUGUUCCCAGUUUCAUCAGCGGUGAUUCUAUUGCGUUUUUGGAUCCUCAGGAAAAAUUUUUACCAAUGAAAAAUGAACGUGGCAUGAUUUGCACUUUUCCCAAAGAAGGCAUUCGCGGUUUUCAUGAAAGAGAUCAGUUAGCUCCUUUUAUAGGAAUUGAGGGCAUCAAUGUUCGAUCAACUUUUUUUAAUGGAGUACUCUUCCGAAUACCACUUAGGCAACAAAAAAGUGAAAUAUCCGAUAAAGUUUUUACUAUUGACGAGGUCCUUAAAUUGUUUAGACACAUCAAAUCAAAUUUCGCUUCCUAUUUUUUAUUCCUUCGAAACAUUGAGGAAAUUGAAGUGUCACAUAUACCAAAAACUACAUCAUCACCUCAUGCAACUUCUCUCUGGAAAGCAACUGUAAAUGGAUUGGAUGAAAAUGUCCGGAAUAAAAGAAAACGUGCUGUCAAUGGUGAAAUUCAAAUUUUUCAGAUGAAAAUUAAACUAAUCGAUGAUUCAAAAGACAAACAAAACGACAAAUGGAUUAUCGCAAUUGGUGCUCAAGAAGAUCCUAAAGAUCCUGAUCUGAAGGCUUACGCAAAUCAGCAUCGAUUACGCGUACUGGGAGGUGUUGCUACUUUACUUGAAAGCGAUCAGGAAAAAGAAAAAAAUCAGAACUAUUUUAUUAGAAGAAUAACGUCAUUUAAAAGCCUAAGGAAUGAUUUGGGAAAUCAGUAUUAUUUUGAAGAAGGAACGUUAUUGAGAAGCAUAGAAAAGGGCCGGGAAGAAGAUGAGGAUCAGAAUGACUUUGAAGGAAGAAUGUUUUCUUUUCUUCCGUUGCCUGAUACUACAUGUUUGCCUGUCCACCUUAAUGGAACCUGGGCUCAAAGUUCAGAUCGUGCAAGACUAUUGCUCGAAAAAGACAAUGAUCUACCAGAUUUGGAUCAUCAGAAACUUGAGUGGAAUAGGCAUAUUCUGCUUGAAUUCCUUCCAGAAGUUUAUUGCAGACUCUUGGAAGAAAUUCUUAUAUUGCAGAAUAGUAACCAAAUUGAUCUUAAAAACAGGUGCAUAUCAAAAUUUUGGCCAUUUCCAUCCGUUACACAAAACUAUCCAAAAUACAUAAUUAGUUAUGGUUGCAAAGUACUCCAGCGUAUAUUACAACACGAUAACAUUCCCCGAUUAAUCACUCCUGUCUACUAUUAUUCGCAUAACGAUAAAGUCACUUUUACUGAUGAAAAUGUUCAGGUGGACAAUAUUUUCAGGUGCUUGUCAUAUAGUCGUAUUGAGGCUUUCCGUCAUUUACUGCGAAAUAAUUGGAAAGAAUUAAAAGUAUUAGGAAUAAAGUGGGAUCAUGAACUUAAAUCAAUGAUCCGCUCGCUGCCAAUUUGGCCAACGCGGAGGAACCCCGCAUCGCCAAACCUCAAGCAGAGUUUGGUACCAGUUUCAAUUGGGUACCUUUUUCCAACGAACUUUAACAUGUAUAGAACAAAGAGCGACAAAAUUUUUUUACAGCUCUCUGAUAAUCUAGAUUGUAAAAUUUUGCGUAAUCUUGAUGUUCCUGUACGAGGCAUUCAAUCAUACACAUUUGAAGACGUUGAAUUUCCUGAAGAAUCUGAUGAGUCCUAUGUGGAUUUUUUGGAUAGUGUGCUCUCAUACGGAUGCGAGCAUCUUGUCGAAAAUUUAAAGGAUCGUGAUUGUUUCCCCUGUGCAUUUACAAGUGACUUGAAACGUAUUUCUGACCUAUAUGAUUAUAGUAAUGUUGUUUUUCGAUGUGUAUUUGGAGGUGACUCAAAUAAUUUUCUUGAUUUACGUCUCUCAAAAUAUGCAAAAAAGUUAGCAAAUAUUGGAUUCAAUAAUGAAAUUGAUCAGGAUUCAUUCACAAAAUGUGCCGAAAAAGUUGAAGAGUUACUGGGAAUGGAUGACCCGCCAUCUGAUAUAAGAUAUCGUGGCUUCAUUUUGGUUGAUCAUCUUUAUAAAAACAUCGAUGAAUUUGAAUUUAAAGGAAUUGAUAGGAUUCCAUUUGUUCCUAUUGUUAAAUGUUUAGAUAAACAUUACAAUAAGUACUAUAAUCACACUCGAGUAUUGGAUUGUCUCAAUAAUGUAAUUCAUCCUGAAUAUAAAGAAGUUGCAUGGAGCCAAAAGCCUUUAAUCGCAGAAGAUGUCAUACCACCUGAUAAUGUACUUCGAAAAUAUCCAUCAUUUGGUAAACCAGAUGUUCUUACUGUAAUCAAACAUCUCCGUUUUUUGCAUACAAAGCUUAUAAAAGAUGAGGAAUGGAGAAAUUGGAAAGAAACAUUCUUGUUUAAUGUUUUCAAAGUCUACGAAUGGCUUGACAAAAAAUGUUCAAAUGAAAGUCUCAGACUAAGGCAAUACAUUAAUUCAAAUGAACUAUUAUUCCUUAAUUGUAAUGACGAUCAAGAUCCAUUUGACACUAAAAACUGGGCUCCUGUAGCGAAUUUAAUUUUGAAUACUGAACCAGGUGAAAGAAAUUAUGUAAAUCCUCGUCUUGCUAAAUAUCACAAAAUGCUAAAAAGUGCUGGUGUCCAAGAAAUAAGAUUACCAAGUUUCAAAAUACAGAUUGGAGAAAAUGAUCAGACAAGUAUUAACAGAGCCAUGUUGGGGUUUUUAUUAAAGCAGGAGAAUUGUUUUCAUGAUGUUGUUUUUGUUGUAAAAGAUGAAAAAAUAUGGGCAAGCCGAUAUGUGCUUGCUGCAAGCUCCACAGUUUUCUAUCAGAAAUUUAAUUCAGAAGACUUGAGCACAGUUAAUCCAGCUAGAAUUACUAUCGACAAUGUUAACCCUAAUUCGGUGCACAUUUGGUUGCGUUACUUAUAUGGUCAGAAUAUCAAUGAUGCAAUUUGGAAUCAUCAAAGUUUAAAUAAAAAACAACCAUCAAAUUUGGAACUGUAUAAAGAUCUACUUAAAUUAGCAAAUGAUUAUAAAAUAGAUCAUUUAAAAAAUCUUAUGGAAUUAAAGCUCUCUCUAUUGGUUAACGGAUCAAGCGUGCGAGAGAUAGAAAGAUUAGCAAGAGAAUUAAAUGCAAAUCAACUUGAAGAAUAUUGUCAUUGUUUUAUUAGAGAUAACAUGAAUUUGUAUACUGUAAUUUAG